AUGAAGAUAUGGGCCCCCAAACUGCAACAAAUUGCAGUAAGCUGGCACAGCUGUGUUAUGCCUUGGAGAACAAACCUUGCUGAAAGCGCUGGCCAUGGGUUGCGCGCAGCUGCUCGCCUGGAGCAGUUGGGAGCUGAAAACGCAGACAGUAUCGGAGCCGUGCUGAACAGUAAAGAUGACCAGCGGGAGAUCGCUGAAGCAAGAGAAACGUGUCGGGCUGCUUAUGAUACUUCUGCACCAAAUGCAAAACGCAAAUACCCAGAUGAGGGAGAAGCUGAUGAAGAAGAGAUUGAAGAAUAUAAGGAUGAAGUAGAGCUGCAGCAAGAUGAAGAGAACCUGCCUUAUGAAGAAGAGAUUUACAAAGAUUCCAGUACCUUCCUUAAGGGUACUCAGAGCCUGAAUCCACACAAUGACUACUGCCAGCACUUUGUGGACACAGGACACAGACCCCAGAACUUCAUCAGAGAUGUUGGCUUAGCAGAUAGGUUUGAAGAAUAUCCAAAACUUAGAGAGCUCAUCAGAUUGAAGGAUGAGCUGAUAUCUAAAUCUAACACUCCUCCCAUGUAUUUACAAGCAGACUUGGAAGCUUUUGAUAUUAGGGAACUGAAGUCCAAAUUUGAUGUGAUUCUCCUGGAACCACCACUGGAAGAAUACUACCGAGAGACUGGCAUUACUGCCAAUGAAAAAUGCUGGACCUGGGAUGAUAUUAUGAAAUUGGAAAUUGAAGAAAUUGCUGCUCCAAGGUCAUUUGUGUUUCUGUGGUGCGGUUCAGGAGAGGGUCUGGAUCUUGGCCGAGUGUGUCUACGCAAAUGGGGUUACAGAAGAUGUGAGGACAUUUGUUGGAUUAAAACGAAUAAGAACAAUCCUGGAAAGACCAAGACUCUAGACCCUAAGGCUGUGUUCCAAAGAACCAAGGAGCACUGCCUCAUGGGCAUUAAGGGGACUGUGCGUCGCAGUACAGAUGGUGACUUCAUCCAUGCUAACGUUGACAUUGACCUCAUCAUCACAGAAGAACCUGAAAUUGGCAACAUAGAAAAACCUGUAGAGAUCUUUCACAUCAUUGAGCAUUUCUGCCUUGGACGACGACGUCUUCAUCUUUUUGGAAGGGACAGUACGAUUCGACCAGGCUGGCUGACUGUAGGACCCACCCUCACAAACAGCAAUUUCAAUGCAGAAACAUAUUCUUCGUACUUCACAGCUCCAAACUCCCAUCUGACUGGCUGUACUGAGGAGAUUGAGAGACUUCGGCCCAAGUCACCACCGCCCAAGUCCAAGUCUGACCGGGGAGGUGGUGCUCCAAGGGGAGGAGGAAGAGGAGGGACUUCAGCAGGCCGAGGAGAAAGGGGCAGAGAGAGGAACAGAACUAACUUCCGGGGCGAGAGGGGUGGCUUCAGAGGGGGGCGUGGGGGUGCUCAUAGAGGAGGCUUCCCCACUCGCUGAUGACUGUUGUUAGGCACUUGCUUCUUCCCCAAGUCCUGUGCCUCAUCUCUGAAUCUUUCUCUUAGUCUCAUUUUUGCUGAAGUGAAUUA